UCUUCACUUGUACACCGUAUCUCGCGGGCGGCCUUUUUAUGAGCAGCUAGUUGGAUCUUGCUCUCCCUGACCCAGAGUGAACGCAUCCUCCUCCUCCUUCUCUUGGAACCAAACCAAGAUAAGCAAUGGCUCUAGUUGGUCAGGCUGCCAUGGUUGCGCAAUUUGCAGGAGUGGACGCCUACGGGCUCAUCAAGAUGAUCGCCGAUGCGGCGCAGACGGUCCGGAGGAACAGAGCCACCUGCCUGCAGCUCGCGCGCCGCGCCAAGAUGAUCGGAGACCUGCUGCACCAGCUCCACGCCGCGCAGCUCAUGCAGCAGCCGGAGACGAGGAACCCCAUUGAGCAGCUCGAGGAGACGCUCCGGCGUGCGCUGCUGCUCGUCAGGUCCUGCCAGGGCCGCGGAUACCUCUACCGGUGCUUCAUGGGGGCGCGCCACGCCGACGAGCUCCGCGAGGUGCAGGGUGAGAUCACGUUCUACCUCCAGCUUUUCCCUCUCGUCAGCUACGUCGACACCACCCUCACCUGGGUCAGACUCCUCAACAAAGAUGCUGCUCCUCAACCUCCUUCAUGCAAAGAGGCACCUGUGGUAAGACCAUAUUUUGUGCCGGAUGAAUGGUGCUUGCUAGUUUCUUAUUCAGGAAGUAUACCUUGGCACUGUAUACACAUGGUUUACAUCCUUCUCUUCUUUUUAAUAUCUAUUAACCACCCGUCGGCAAAAUUUAUCUUGGCAUGUAUCUGCAGGAGUUAAAAUUGUUGUGCAACUGACCAAUUGUUUCUUUUCUCAUCACUUCAUUGAUUGAAAGGAUUAGCAAUUAUACUAUCUAGCUAGCACAAUGUUUCUGCAACUGCUAUUCCCUCCGUUCGAAAUUACUUGUCGUGAAAAUGGAUGUAUCUAGACGUAUUUUAGUUCUAGAUACAUCCAUUUCCGAGACAAGUAAUUCCGAACGGAGGGAGUAGUUAGCAUUGUGCUUGUUAUGUAUCGCGUUCGUGCUCUUGUCUCUGGAGAAUCUGGCUGGCAUAGAAUGAAAUUCAAGUUCACCCGAUCCAAACCGCAGUUGUAAGUCGGUCUUUCGUUCGUGUGCCAAAUAGGUAUGUUGGUAUUUUCUUUUCCUUGCAGAAGAUCAGAUCAUAGUUGAGAACUGACCAUGAGAAUCUUGUGUAUUGUUGUUUGUUUGCCACUCGAGUUAUUGGGUGUUCACCUUUGCAUCCGAAAGCUUACAUUUUGAUCCAUCAGGAUCACAAAGUUCCAGUUUCGGAGGCGCAGUCGCCAUCACAGGUGCUGUUGGAUAAUCGGUGUAAAGAAACUUCCAUGGCCCCUUCACAUGCUGCAACCCUCCAGUUUCAAAGGGUAGCCUGUGUAUUGCAUCACACAUGACUUUGCUUGAAGGCCCUCUCUCAUCUAUAUAAGCAAAGCUUCAGCCUAAGCAAUCUGAAUAGUAGGAGGUGAGCUCGGAAGCAGCAAUAAGUCUCAAGCCCAGUGCCACUGUACAAUUGAUCCAGGCUUCAGAGCUGAUAGAAAAUUAGAAGAGCGAAUAUAGGACGUUGGUUCCAGCAAAACUUGUCUCAUUCAACUUCUUUUGAUCCCAAAGAAACCCGUUUUGCAAUGCCCGCGGCCAGAGUUACAGAUUUACAUAAACUGCAGAGAUAAUACUGGUUCUCACACAUGGUUCUUGUUUACCUUGUAUCUGCGCAUUGCCAUUGGCCGUACCUUGGAGUUUCUCUGUAACUGCGCAUGACCAUUGGGCGUACCUUGGAGUUUGUCCAAGCAGGCAUACGCCCCACUUUAUAUUAAUAAAGCUAUGCAGCAAAAUGGUACUA